UGAGGGCUGGCUUGGCUUGGCUUGGACACCCUUGUCACCGAGCCAGCUAGUCACAACACUCAGGACUUCAAAGGCAGACAGUUGCUCGGGGCUGUUGGUAAGAAGUGUGAGUGACAGGCAGAGAGACAGAGAAACAAUGAGCGGGACCGAGCGAGCCAUACAACAGGGGAGAGGGCAAUAGAUGGAGACAAAGUGAGGAGACUGCAUAAAGAGGAAAGUGACAAAACAGUGGAAGCAAAAAGUGAGACAGACGAUUCAUAAAAAAAAGAAAAAGAAAAAAGAAAAAAGAAGGCAGACAGAGGCAAAAUAAGGCAGAGAGGAGAGGAGAGGGAGGCAGGCGCAGAAACAGAGGCAGUCCCAGACACAAAACAGAGAGGUGAGCAGGGCUUUAUCCUCGGGACACAAGGCUGUUCUCCUCCGCGGAGCAUGGUGGCAGAGAGCACAUGGAUUUAGUCGAGCUCUACCUCCCCGAGUGUUUCACCUACCACUCUGACACAGAACUUUUGAGCAGGAUGUCAGUGAGGGGCUUGGACCCCGCCUGCCCCUCCUCUAUAAAGCGCGAGCCCUCCAGCCCCAGCCCCAGCUCUCAGGGGGACGUCAGCCCGGCUCAGCCCAGCCCCGGAAGCUCCUCCUCGGACACAAACUCCAGCUACGGCCCCCUCACCAAGGGCCACAGCCACAGCAAUGGGCUGGACUCGCCAGGCCUGUAUGGACACACGGCGGGGCUGGCCACCAAUGGAGGGACAAAUAGCAGGUUUGGAGAGGAAGAAGGCCAAGUGAAGUGCGAAUUCAUGCUGGGCUCGGUGGCCAAGCGGCUGUGCCUGGUGUGCGGUGACGUGGCCUCAGGCUACCACUACGGCGUGGCCUCCUGUGAAGCCUGCAAGGCCUUCUUCAAGAGGACCAUCCAGGGUAACAUUGAAUACAGCUGCCCAGCCUCCAAUGAAUGUGAAAUCACCAAGAGGAGGAGGAAGUCCUGCCAGGCCUGCCGCUUCAUGAAGUGUCUGGCUGUGGGCAUGAUGAGAGAAGGUGUGCGCCUGGACCGGGUCCGCGGCGGCAGGCAGAAGUACAAGAGGAGAAUAGACGCCGAGAACAGCCCCUAUCUCAACCCACAGAGCGCCCUGCCCCAGAAGAAAACAUUCUCUCUCGGCGCGGCGGAGAACAAGGUGGUUUCUCUGCUGCUGGUGGCCGAGCCGGAGGGCAUCUUCGCCAUGCCGGACCCCACCGUCCCCGAGAGCGACAUCAAGGCUCUGACCACGCUGUGCGACCUGGCCGACCGGGAGCUGGUGGUCAACAUUGGCUGGGCGAAGCACAUCCCAGGCUUCCCCUCCCUCUCGCUGGCAGACCAGAUGAGUCUACUGCAGAGCGGCUGGAUGGAGAUUUUGAUCCUGCGUGUGGUUUUCCGCUCCCUGGCCUUGGAGGACAGGCUAGUGUACGCCGAGGACUACAUUAUGGAUGAAGAGCAGUCCAAACUGGCAGGGUUGCUCGACCUCAACAACGCCAUUCUCCAGCUGGUGAAGAAGUACAAAGCCAUGGGCCUGGAGAAGGAGGAGUUUGUGGUCCUCAAAGCUAUCGCACUCGCGAACUCAGACUCCAUGCAAAUUGAGGACUCGGAGGCAGUUCAGAGACUCCAGGACGUCCUUCAUGGGGCCCUACAGGACUACGAGACCACCCAUCAUCCAGAUGACCCUCGUCGGGCCGGCAAACUGAUCAUGACCCUCCCUCUACUCCGCCAGACGGCUGCCCGUGCUGUCCAGCACUUCUGCAGCAUCAAGCAGGACGGCCGCGUGCCUAUGCACAAACUUUUCCUUGAACUGCUGGAGGCCAAAGCCUGACCUCCGCACAGACGGCUAUUAGCUUUGUCCUGACCAUAGCUCGGUGGGUAGGAUGACAGAAAGUGAAGGAAAACGGGUAGCGGUGGGGACUGACACCUUUUCUUUGUCCAUUUCAGCUUGCUUUGGACAAUAAAGUUUUGAUUCUGCAGUUGCUGGAAAGUAUGUUCUAGAUACUCUAUGUCCUAAGAAAACAGGCGAGCAAGUGGACAAUUUUUAGAGCCACGCCCUUCCUACUUGUUCCUCUUAGAGGUCCGAACAGACGUGAAUGAAGCAAAAGUAAGAUGGGCAUUUAGUGUCUUGAAGCUAAGGACGUUGUUUGCCACAUUGUGAAAUGAGUAUGUUGACCUGCUCCAAAGAGGAGCGCAAUAUGGAAGGAAGAUGACAGACAGCAUCUUAAAAACCAGAAGAAUCGCCUUCUAGAGAUAUCUACAGUUACAUGCCUAAAGUAGAGCUUCUUUUGUCAAAAGACCACCUGAUACUUGAAGAUCCUCAUGGAUUCAUCCAUCUUGAAGCCUGUUAAUCUGCAUUCUCUAGUGCUUUAGGAGGAGAUGUUUUUUUUUUUUUUUAAUUUUAAUUUUUAAAUUUUUUUUAUUUUACUUGUCGAUUUGUACAGAAAAAACGAAAUGUGUCCUGAGAGGUAAGUCUUGCCAAAGAGUAAAGACUCAUAUUAUUGAAGAAUACCAGCAAAUGUCCACAGUAAUAUAGUGUGGCCUGUAAGACAUUCACAUAAAACAUGCAUCCUUGCUGUAUUAUACUGCAAGAAUAUCUAUUCAGUACAUGGAAACAGUCAUUUAUUGAUGAUUAAAGGGAGGAAUUAAAAUAGCCUACUAAAGACUAAUAGUUAAUAGUCUUUUUUUUCAAUAUCUCACAUAAGACAAUGAAUGGCCUCCUGAUUUUACUAGUGUAUUUCAGGGAAAGAGUACUUAGUACAUCUGUCAUGGUACAAUUGUACAACAGCAAAGUGAUGAUAUUUAUUUAAUGUUGGCUCAAUCGUUUGGCUGUUUUUUAUUUCCUAAUGUGGCAUUAAUGAAGAGUAGAAUAAAGCAAUUACAGUAGAUAAUUUUUUAAAGAUUUUUAAAUGAUAUCAUUGUAAAAUACUUACCUUUUUUACUAGCUUCUCUGCUACACUUACAGCACUGAUACCUAUACCAUAUCAUAAAAUUCAAGACAACCUGAUUAUGAGUGGACUACGUACUUGAAAAUAAUAAUGUUGUAGUUGUGUAGACCCAUAGAUAUAACUUUACCCAUGUAAAAUGGCUGCCAUAUAAUCUGGAUUAGGGAGGCUUGAUGUCCUUUCUAUGCUAUAUCUCUAUGUGUAGACUAAAAUUGGUGCACUACUUUUCCUUUUAGCCAUAAAGUUUGGGGAAACUGGUGGUGGCCCUCUAUUAACCUGUUACUCUGUGUGUUUUGUGUGAAGAGUAGUUACGUCUGAAAUGUGUCUUUUCCACACACUCUAAAUGAAGGGAUUAAACUCGCAAGGAAUCGUAAAUCUCAGCAUCAUAGGUAAAAAUGUCCAAGUUUUGCUCCUUAGUGCAAGGUACUGUGACUCUAUAACGUGUAUAUUUUUGUGACAAGAUAUAUCAGCGGUGACAGCAAUAUGGUGUGGAGAUGAUUUAACUGUAUGUACGUCAUGCUGUAUAUAAUGUCUUAUGCCAACAGAGAUGUUUAAAGAUGCAAUUAAGCCUUGUGCAGAUGAGAUGUGCCGUGCUAUCAUUCUCAGGUGGAUUCUUGGGCAAUAAAGAUGAUCCCCCAAUGUAAAACUC